AUGAGGCCAACCACUUUCGUGCCGUUUUUCGUCGGAAUUUUUGUUUGCUUGAGUUCUUUCUGCAUCAUUGAUGCAGAAGAUCGAUAUUUGUAUUAUACAUGGACUGUAACAUAUGGAACCAUUUCUCCGUUGGGUGUUCCUCAAAAGGGUAUCCUUAUUAAUGGUCAAUUUCCUGGACCAAAUAUUGAAGCUGUGACAAAUGACAACAUAAUCGUGGACGUGAUUAACAUGUUGGAUGAGCCUUUCCUCAUUACAUGGAACGGAAUCCAACAGCGAAAAACCACGUGGCAAGACGGAGUGCUUGGAACCCAAUGCCCGAUUCCUCCAAACACAAACUGGACAUACAAGUUUCAAACGAAAGAUCAGAUUGGAACCUACUCCUACUUCCCUUCAACUAAACUGCACAGAGCUGCUGGAGGUUUUGGGGGUUUCAAUGUUGCAAAUAGGUCGGUCAUUCCAGUGCCGUAUCCUAUUCCGGACGGAGAGUUUACCCUGCUUGUUGGUGACUGGUACAAGACUGGCCACAAGGAAUUGCAGCAAAUAUUGGACUCUGGCAAAAAUCUUCCACUUCCUGAUGGUGUUCUUAUCAACGGGCUUCCUGAAAAUACAGUCUUUACUGGCGAAAAGGGAAAGACCUACAAGUUCAAGGUUUCAAAUGUGGGCAUAGAAACUUCAAUUAACUUCAGGAUUCAGAACCAUACAAUGACACUUGUUGAAGUGGAAGGAGCUAAUACCUUGCAAGAGGUGUAUGAAUCACUUGACAUUCAUCCAGGUCAAUCCGUGGCUGUUUUGGUCACGCUAUACGGUUCAGUCAAGGACUAUUACAUCGUUGCCUCUACCCGAUUCAUAAAGCCAGUCCUCACGACCACUGGAUAUCUCCGCUACGCUGGUUCUAACACCCCUGCUUCAAAACCAUUGCCAAUUGGUCCAACCUAUCAGAUUCACUGGUCUAUGAAGCAAGCCAGGACAAUCAGAUUGAAUUUGACUGCAAAUGCAGCCAGGCCUAACCCACAGGGCUCAUUCCAUUAUGGAACUAUUCCAGUUGUCAGGAGACUACUUUUGGCCAAUACUGCUACUAAGAUUGAUGGAAUGCUUCGAUAUGCCGUAAACAAUGUCUCCAAUGUUGAUCCGGAGACCCCAUUGCAGCUCGCUGAUUGGCUUAACAUCUCCGGCGUGUUUAACCUCAACACGAUACAGGACACACCUACUCCAGGCCCUGCAGUAUAUGGCGCCUCUGUCAUAGGAACUGCCCUUCAUGAUUUUGUGGAAAUCGUCUUCCAGAACACCGAGCCGAAACUUCAAUCUUGGCACCUGGAUGGAUACAGCGCCUAUGUUGUUGGAUAUGGCUCUGCUGCUAAAUGGACACUAAAUAUGACGAGAGGUUACAAUUUGGACGAUGCUGUACCGAGACACACAGUUCAGGUAUAUCCACUUGGUUGGACUGCUGUGCUAGUCUCUUUGGACAACAAGGGAAUGUGGAAUUUAAGAUCUGCAAUCUGGUCUAAGAGGUACUUGGGGCAGCAAUUAUACAUCAGAGUUUGGAACAAUGAACGCAGCGUUUAUACUGAGAACGAUAUGCCUUUGAACGCGUUGCUUUGUGGCAAGGCCAAGCAGCAGUGAUAGCAAACUUAUUUACCCUUUGAUCAUGUAACUCUCCGUAUGUUCUUUCAUUAUUUUUAUUUUUUAAAUUUGGUAGUUCUUAAGUUUCAGUUACGAGGGUGACUUUCGAAAAAGAAUGGGGAAACAGGCUUAGGAUUGAGGGAAAUAAGAUGUUUCAAAGGGUCAUUGUGUUAGAUUUAUUGCUAUCACAUCCUAUAUAGGAUUCAUUUCUCUUACAUGUUCAUUUU